AUGUAUUUGCUUGUGUUUCACUUUCCCAAGCCAGAAGAAAAGGAUAAGACCACAAUUGUUGAAAAUGUUGAGGAAAUCCUUAUGGAUGUCUUUCGGAAAAGUGAUAUCGGGCUGUUUGAGUUUCCUGAAAAAGUCCCUUCAUUGCAUAGUUUAUAUAGCAGAAAAAAUUGCACAAGAUAUGAAGUAUUAGAAUUAAUCCGCAUUGGUGUAGUAGAGAUACUACACCAUUACUGUGGUAUGGGCACUUAUAUGUUCCAGAGCAGAGAUGACGAUGAAAUAUUUUGCAAAAUUGAGUGCACAGAUGAUAUUUUAUAUGAAGAAGCAGAUUUAAGCUGCUAUAAACUUCAAAUGAACAGCGAUUUGGAAGAAAUCCCCAAAGUCAAAGAAAUGAUGCCUUACAUAUCAUUCUGAAAUAAAAUAGAUAUAUCAACUAAAGAUGGACUCUGAGACACAUUCCCUAUGGAGCAGGUAGACCCAUUUCAAUUAAGCUGAAAAUAGUUCUCUGUAACUUUUUUAAGUAGGCCUUCGGUUUUGGAUGCCUACCGAAGAUGGAAAUUUAGUUUCUCCCCCGAAGGCUUUCCCUGUUCUUGCCAGAUUUGCUAGAUAAAUUUUGCCUCCCACUUAAGUCUUUGCUUAUUGGGACAACGGGGUAUCCGAAAGAGGUUGCUCUAAUCUAGAGAGCUAAUCCUUAGUUUAGGCAGGUCUACGACAUAGACAGGCUAGUAGUCUAUCCGUUUAUUACCUUAUGACCUUAUAGCAUUUAACUUUAACUUUAUAUACCAUUCAGCAAAGAAAAAUAUUCGAAAAAUCAUAAUCUCUAUGCUAGAUUUGGUGAUGGACUGCUAAGAAAUGUGGACAAAAUCAGACUUAUGGAAAGAAUUAUAAGAUCUCAUUUAAACGUCGAAAUGAUGAUUAAGCAUCAGCUUAUCAUAGAUUUCUUCCCACUGCACGAGGAAAGUGAGAUCACGUUUUUUAAGUCAACUCUGCUGAAGUAUACAGAAUUAUCAAUUGAUGUGCCUAUUCAAAGGAUCAGAGACUAUUUUGGGGAAAAAGUGGCAUUUUAUUAUCUUUGGCUGCAGUUUUACACAAAUAAGCUGUUCGUUUUAAGCUUUUUAGGCCUUAUUUUAUGAAUAGUAGGGUUUUUGAGAUUUGGAACUAAAGAUUCAAAUUCUAUAUCGGUAUAUGAGUGGGGAGAAUUGCUUUUUGCAGUUAUUGUCUGCUUGUGGGCAGCAUUUUUCCAAAUUUUCUGGGAGAGGCUAUCAAAAUUUUAUGCAUGCAAAUUCGGAACGCAAGAUUCUAACUUUUACCCUUAUCUAGCAGGCAAAAAAUCUUACUUAAUAUAGCUAAGGGUUUUAAAAAUUUUAUAUAUAAAAAUUUUCCUUAAUUAAAAAUCCUAAAAUAAUAAAACUAUUAAUAAUAGAAUUUUUCCAAUAGUUUUGCUCAAUAACCAACACAUGGGAGUAAGGAACAAGAACAAGAAAGAGAAGAUUUUUCAGGAACUUUAGUAAAGAAUCAAAUCACUGGGAUGGUUGAAAAAGUUUUUCCUAAAAAACAAAGGUUAUUAAGAUCAUAAAAUUUAUAAUUAUUUAUUUCUAAAAAAAAGAUAUAGCAAACUUAUUAUAAUUUUUUAAAAAAUGAAGUAAGACAAGCAAGCAAUUUCCUAUUGCUCUACAUUAUUUAUGAUCGGAUUUGUUAUUGCUCUAACAAUGUCCCUCUUUAUCUAUAGAGCAAUUCUUUUAGAAGGUGGAUCAAGAGGAUACGGACCUAUGAUUUUAGCAAUUGCCAAUACCCUUCAAAUCGUAAUCAUGAACAAGAUAUACGACUGGAUGGCCGAAAAGCUUAAUGACUGGGAAAACCAUAAGACCCAAUCAGACUACGAAAAUGCAUUUAUUGUCAAAAAAGUCGGCUACCAAUUUGUCAAUUACUAUAUUUCUCUCUUUUACAUAGCUUUUAUCAAAGAACACUUCGAAGGAUGCGACAAUAAGAAUUGCAUGGCAGAGCUCAACUAUAACUUGUGGGUCAUGUUUAUCAUAAACCUCGUAUUUAAUGUAAUCGAAAUCACGUCACCUAUACUUUCAGCUCAAGCUAAGCUUGGCGAAGAAGAAAAAAAAGUGCAGUUAAUGCAUGCCCAAGGAAAAGUCGCUAGAAUUGAAAUGAGUUACGCAGAAGCCCAAGGGAAAUUCGAAAAAAUUGAGCUGCUAGGCGAAUAUUUGGAAUUGGCUAUGAAUUAUGGAUAUAUCAUUUUCUUUUGUGUCGCAUUUCCAUUGGGGCCUUUUAUUUAUUGGCUUUACAAUAUCCUAGAAUUGAGAUCAGACUCAUAUAAGUUUUUGACUCUGAGUAAAAGACCAUUCCCUCAGGAAGCCUCAGACAUUGGAGUUUGGUCAGACGUCAUGAAAUUCUUGUCAUUUGUUGCAGUUAUUACCAAUAUUGGACUGAUGAUUUUCACCAAGAACCUAUUCUUAUUGCCAGCUGCUGAUAGAUGGUGGGUGUUUAUUAUAAUCGAGCAUACAAUUUUGCUGCUUAUGAUAAUGCUUAUUAACCAUUAUCCAAGUGUCAGCGAAUUUUUAAAGAAUUUAGAAAUAAGACAUGAUAUCUUAACAAAACUCCACUUCUACCAAAAUCUAACCAAAGAAGGAAGCAAAAAAGCGUUUGAGGUCAAGUUUACAGUUGAUCCACAAGUUAACUUUAAGGAUAAUGAAAAGUAA